UUUGAGCUCAAACUCGUCUUGUUUUAGUCCUUAUACUUAAAAGAUUCGCUCAUGAAUAGUUUUACAAGUUUGAGGUCAACUCUCGCUUACCUAGAUUAUUAGAGAAAAAUGCCCGGAUAGUCCUUGUGGUUUUGCCUUUUUUCACCUAUAGUCCCCAACUUUCUAAAAUUACCUGAAUAGUCCCCAACUUUUCAUUUUUUGUUCCCGGAUAGUCCCUGGGUCUAACUUCAGUUUGUUUUCUCUGUUAAGAGGGUGUAAAAUGACAAAAAUACCCUUUCCUUAAUGUUGAAGCAACAAAUAAUAGACCAAACGUAGUGGCGAGGAUGGUCAGGCAAAAGGGUUAAAGGGUUUAACCUUGCCUAACGCAGGUCGUGGGGUCCCUCCACGUUUGCAAGACGUGGAAGGAGGUUCACUAGUUUAUUUUGUUGUUUGCUGAAGAUCCUUCUCUGAAGUGUGUUCAGAUUCGGAUGAAGAAGCAAAUAGAAUAUGUGUGAGUUGGAUGUGAAAGGGAGUAACUUGCAUGAAGCAAGUACACGAUGUGAAUGACCAGAGUUUUAAGGAAACAGGUCUGGUCCGGAAUGUCCCAACUCAGUAAAUGAAGUGUCAAUUAUAUAGGAGAAGACAUCUCCCAAAGAGGUAUUCAUUUGACUAGUGACCUAGCUUGCAGCGAGGGGCUUGCCCUUUCGGGGGUUGAAGCCUUUUGACCCCUGGAUAAUAGCAUGUGCUCUGCAGACCUGCGUUGCUUUUGCGGCUGUGGUUGGUGAAGCAGUCCCUGGAUGUGACUGGCUACUGUUUUCACACUACUUUACUUCACCUCUACGACUGUUUGACCUUCGAACCCUUUAACCUUUUGAGCACUCAGGUAUUUUAGUCCUUUUAUAUUGUCUUGGGCUACCCCCGUCAUCAGCCCCCCAAGUCAGGGGUGUUUGGGAGGUGAGCUCAAAGACUUCUGACUUUUAUACAUGUGUUUUUAUUGACAAAAGGUUUCAAGGUGUUCAAAGCUUAAAGGCUUGAAAGGUUGGAGUCAGUUAUUUUUUGAAUUUUAAAAACUAACAACUGAUUUGAUUAAUGUGUAGCAGUUCAUAGGGCAGCGGUUUUGCAGUCUUUAACUGUUUACCAUUAUGACCCUAUUUUAGUUUUUAUUAUAGAGAUUAGUCAUUCAUUCUUCACAUUAUCCCUUCAAGUUUCUGUCUGCAAUUUCGUUUCUUUACUUCAAGGUUAGUUCCUGCUUCUUCCUUUUCUUCUUACUUAUUUCGUAUUUUUUCAAAAAAUGGAUGCUCGUAAGGAUUUGUCGAGAUCCUUUUCUCGAUUAACCCAGGAAGAAGUAGAGUUGUUUUGUAUGGAAUAUGGUAUUGGGACUAAAUUUAAACCUACUGCUCCUGCGUGCGAUGUUUCAAUUGACAAAUGUCCGGUUGGUUUUAUUGCUCUUUAUUGCCGUCCCUUCGAGUUUUCGGACCUCCGCCAUCCGUUUUCCCUGUUUGUAUUGAACUUAUUGGAGUAUUAUCGAGUCUCCUUUGGUCAGAUUCAUCCAAAGGGUAUGGCUAGGGUUUUACAUUUCGAGGUUUUGUGUCGUGCUCUUGGUUAUGAUCCUUUGCUUUUGCUUUUUCGCCGAUUUUUUCGAUUAGCCAAGAACGAUAACUGGUUCACCUUUGAAACGUCUAAGGUCGAUGCUUGCCUUAUUUCUUCCAUGGUUACCACCCUUGGUACCUGGAAGGAUCGUUUUUUCUGGGUUUCUGACUCUAUUGUCCCUUUCAAGAUGGUGUGGAGGCACCCGGAUACUGUUCUCAAUGAACCGGAACCCCUUGAAUCUGAUUUGAAUAAUGCUUUUCUGAAAGCCAUCCGGGAAUGCCCUUCAAGGGUUCGUCCCUUUCCUGAGCAUUUGCUAGUCUUGUUAGGGGUUAGUAAGUCAUGGGAAAAGGCUAAUCGGGAUCCGGUUCUGAUGAGGAAUGGCAUGGUUAUGUCUGCCUUGGAUUUCAUUAAGAGUGACAACACUUCUGAUGUGGUAUUUGAAGAUGUUCCCGUUAUCCCUGAUGAGAAUGCUGUGGUUAAAGGUACUGAACAAAGGUUUGAGGGUACUGGAUAUGUCGGUGUUCCAACGUGAAAGGUUUUUCUAAGCCUCUUGCCCCCAAGACUUCGACCCGGUGAUCUACUCGUCGUUUAAAAGGUGUUCCCCAAUCCACCUCUACUGAACCGGUGGAGUUGAGUGAUGAUAUCGAAGUUUCUGGGGAUCGAGGUGUUGAAGUGGGUUCUGAAAAAGAGAAGAAGCUAGUUGUUCAUGGCAAAAAGGCUUCAGCCAAAACGGUUGUUGCUACUCCUGUUCAGGGUUCUUCGAGCAUGGAUGUUGAAGGGUUGGAUCCGGAUGCGGUUUAUGUGUCAGGUUGGUCGAUGAAGAUUGAUGACAGUUUUAAGGAUGCUGCUGUUUAUGAAGAUGCCUUGAGUCAUAAUGCUCCUCCUUCGGUUCAUAAUACUAUCUCCGAAAUGGAUGAUAAUGUAAUGUUAUCUCGUAUUAUUCUAAGCACUUGUAAUCUUGCUGCCAUGCUUCCUCAGGGCAUUGCCCGUUUUCGCUAGAGGAUGCAAGAAUAUGAAGAGUUUUCUAAGAAGAAAGACAAAAUGAAAUCUUCGAUGGCCGCAAUGAAGAAGGAGAUAAGUGGUUUUGCUGAGAAGGAGGAAGCUUGGUCAAAAAAGGUUGAAGAUUUGUCGAAGCAGCAUGAGAUUGAGAUGAGUGAUUUUAAGAAGAGUUUUGAGGUCGAUCGGUUGAAGCUAAAGGCAGGCAAGGAGGCUUUGUCUGUUGCUCAGAAAGCCUUUGAUGAGGAGAAGGAAAGCUUGAAGGCUUUGGUUUCCCGGGCUACUAGUGAUAAUCAGUGGUUGAUUGAGCAGGGCUUUCAACAAGUUGUUACUUAUCUGCUUCAUUCCGCUGAAUUUAACUCUGCUCUUGGUGAGGUUUACACGAAGUUGCUCAAUUUGGGAAAACACCAAGGCCUCAUUGCUGGUUAUAAGUUGCAUGAAGCUGGGCAUCCUCUGGAAAAGUCUCCUUUGUUUCGUCCUGAAGCUUCUGAUGUUUUUAAAGGCUCGGUUGAACAGAUGGAGAGGCUGACCUAUCCUUAUGUUCAUCAGGUUUCUUCUUGUUUUGGUAAGCCUCUUUCUGUUUUACAGGACUUGAAACCGGAAGGCCUUAAUGAAAAAGUUUGUGCGGAAGUCUUGGGUUCACUUUCGAAGAAAAGAUCCUAUUCAGGAGAUAGUUUCAAGUGUACUGGAUGCUUUGAAGGAUGCAAGCUUGGAGGCUUCAACAGUAGGUGGUGAUGGUGGUGCAAAGGCUAAGAAGUCCAAGAAGGCAAAGUGUUGGUGCAGUCAUCUGUCGUCUUCAUCUAAAUGUCGAGUCUCGGUUUUGGUGCGGUUCUGAACAAGCGUGACAUCAUAUACAUGACAUCACGAGUGACAUCAUAUAUAUGAUGUCACAAGUUAAACAAGUUAGCCAUGAUCUUAAAAAGCUCAUUCACGUACAAGAUGUAUGGUCACAUGAAGACAAAAAUGUCAUUGGUCCAAUAGAAUGUCACCAAAUGAUGGCCCAAUAGUUGGCUACCGUUUGAAGAGCCUAUCACAUGAAAGGUGACCGUUUGGAUAUUUGGAGACCGUUUGAAAUGAAGCCCGUUUGAAGGCCCAGUCCGCUUGAAGCCCAUAUCGUUUGAAGAUAGUUGUCCGUUUGAAUCAUUUCAAACGAUAGGAAGGCUUGUACUAUAUAUAGUUUUCAAACUGUCAUGAUUUGUAACGAUUCCAGAUUUGAUACCGAGGUAUUGCCGGUGUUCCUUGUAACU